CUUUGUGUGAAAACUGAGAAAGCGCCGGUAAGGCUGGCGAACAAAGAUACAAAAAUGCUAAAUUAGGGACAAGGGGGGGUUUUCUUCGCGUAGAAUGUGGAAACCCCUGUUGUUAUCUGCCAUAUCUGUAGUAUGCGGCUCACCCACCACCCCAAUCGGCAAAUGUUCUCGUCUUUCUCUUUUGUCUUUUCUGGUUUUUUUUUUGUUUUUUUUUGAUUGUCGCUGAAAAAGCUUCAAGACUGUGAAUGCAAAGGUUGACGGCCGAGAAAAACUACCGUGUCUGCCGCAAAUGAUGGCGCUACACCGGAAUGCAUUGGCGAUCCUCGCCAGUCUCGGCCCUCUGUUGUCGCAGACAGGGGCACAAGAGGUCCCUGACAGCGCCUUCACGCGGCGCGGGAAUCAUGUGGCUGCCGUGGUGGGAGACUACCUAUACCUCGAUGGAGGCGAGGUGUCACAGCUUGUAGACGGCAAAGUCGAAGAGCCAUGGCCCUCCAGAACAGUCAACAGCACGUUUUCCAUACCUCUCAACGAGCCAUGGACGAACAAGACGGUCGUCUUCAGAGAGACGCCCGUGGACAACGAGUCGUCGAUGAACCACGCCUCGGUGUGGACCGACGCAGGCAGCGACUCGGCCGGAGCGACCAAGAUGUACAUCUGGGGCGGCGAGCGAGGCUACACGAUCGUGACGGACGAGGCCAGGAAUCCCCGGCUACGCGUCUUCACGGCGGACGGCAAGGGCGGCGGGUCCUGGGCGCACGAGGAGCUGCCCAAGCCGCAGUCCAUCGUGCGCGUGGCGGGGCCGUCGACGGUGGGCUGCGGGGGGUUCGGGUACACCUUUGGCGGCUUCAGCAGCGAGCGGACCGACUUUCGCGUCCGGCAGGGCGGCCUGACCCCCAUCCCGGGCCUGAUCAAGUAUGACAUCGCCGCCAGGUCCUGGACCAACGAGACCGCCCUCGUCCACCCCCCGUUCGGCACGCACCAGUUCGGCCGGGCCGUGUGCCUCCCCGGGCUGGGCGCACCGGAAAGCACCGACGACAAGGCGACGGGGCUCGCCUUCUUCAUGGGCGGGGCGGCGCUCACGCGGCGCGACAUGUCGGAGACGACGGGCAUCGACUUCCAAAACGUCACGUUUUACGACGGCCGGCGCUGGCACUCGCAGCUGACAACGGGGGAGGCGCCGCUGCCGAGGACGCGGCACUGCGUAGUGGCGGCGCGCUCGGGCGGCUCGGGCAGCUACGAGAUCUUUGUGUACGGCGGCGCCAGCGCGCUCAAGCUCAGCGAGAACCAGGGCUUCGCGGACCUGCACAUCCUCACGGUGCCCGGCUUCCAGUGGUUCAAGGUCGACUACUCCAAGAACCCAGAGCACCGCCGGCAGGGCCACACCUGCAACGCCAUCCCGGGCAAACGGCUGAUGGUCAACGUCGGGGGCUACGAGGACGGGUUCGGGGGCGAGUCGUGGCGGACCACCGACCCCUGGACCAAGGGCAUUGGCGUUUUUGACAUGACUGCGCUCCAGUGGCUGGACAGCUACGACCCUGCUGCUGGGCCCUACGAGUCGCCCCAGGUUGUCAAGGAUUGGUAUAAAAACGGAGGUCUGUCAUCGGUCAAGUGGCGUAGCGAGGAGACCAAGAAACUCUUCUCCUCGAUGAAAGUCGAUGGAUUGGCCACCGACAACACCGAAAACGGCUCCAGUGGUGGUGGGCAAGGCGAUUCCAGCUCCGGAAACAAUGGAGGUGGUGGCACGCAGGGAGAAAGCGGAAGCGGAAGCGGCGGUUCCAACAUUGGCGCCAUCGCCGGAGGUGUCGUGGGCGGCGUGGUCUUUAUUGCGCUGCUUGCUACCCUGGUCUUUAUCAUGGUCCGACGCCGGCGGCAGCAAACACCCCAGGCCGAGGAGGAUCAGAGUCAGACCCCACAUGCUUCGGAUGGUCCUGCCACGGAUGGUUCGGCCACUCCGUACAAGACAGUUUCUGAGAUGGGGUACCCCCACAAAUCACAUGAGAUGGGAUCCGCCUACCAACCACAUGAGAUGGGCCACUUCGGCAAGCCGCAGGAAAUGGCCACGGUCAGCAGCGUUCAUGAAAUGUCCACUGUGUACAAUGCGCAGGAGCUGCAGGGGUCCAGGGUGUUUUAUGAGUUGGAAACUCCCCAAAUGCGUCAGGAGAUGGCGGCAAGAUAGAGCCGAGAACUAGUCUCGAUCAGCGCAGAAUAUUGUAGAAAGUCCAAGCCCUCUAAUUUAAUUACGCUUUCAUCAACU